AUGUUCUCCAAAGUUAUUUCUCGCAGUCUUCAACGCCGGGUGCCUUUUGUAGCAACAAAGACCUCGGCUCGGUCCAUGUCCUUGGCAUCCGUCACAGAAUCACUCAAGGGGGACUACACCAUUGUCGAUCAUGAAUACGAUGCUCUGGUGGUUGGUGCCGGAGGAAGUGGUUUGAGAGCGGCCAUGGGAUUGUCCGAAGCUGGUUUCAAGACCGCCUGUGUCACCAAGCUGUUCCCUACUCGUUCUCACACUGUUGCUGCUCAAGGAGGUAUCAAUGCUGCAUUGGGAAACAUGUCCAAGGAUGAUUGGAGAUGGCACAUGUACGAUACCGUCAAGGGAUCCGAUUGGUUGGGUGAUCAAGAUGCCAUUCAUUACAUGUGUAGAGAGGCUCCCCAGGCCGUCCUCGAACUAGAGUCCUUUGGAAUGCCCUUUUCCAGAACCGAAGAAGGCAAGAUUUACCAACGUGCCUUUGGUGGACAGUCCCUUGAAUUUGGAAAGGGAGGACAGGCCCAUCGAUGUGCCGCGGCGGCCGAUCGUACCGGACACGCCAUGUUGCACACCUUGUAUGGACGGUCUCUUGCCUUUGAUACUACCUACUUUAUUGAAUAUUUCGCUCUCGAUCUACUCAUGUCCGAUGAUGGCAAGGAAUGCGUGGGAGCCAUUUGCCUCAACAUGGAAGAUGGAACCCUACACCGCAUUCGGGCCAAGAAUACUGUCUUGGCCACUGGUGGAUAUGGACGUACCUACUUUUCUUGUACUUCGGCACACACCUGUACUGGUGAUGGUAAUGCCAUGGCACUUCGCAAGGGAUUUGCCAAUCAAGACAAUGAAUUUGUACAAUUCCAUCCCACUGGAAUCUAUGGUGCCGGAUGUCUCAUUACUGAAGGAUGCCGUGGGGAAGGUGGUAUCUUGCGAAACAGUGAAGGAGAACGAUUCAUGGAACGUUAUGCUCCAUCCGCCAAGGAUUUGGCUUCGAGAGAUGUCGUCUCCAGAGCCAUGACCAUGGAGAUUCGCGACGGACGUGGAGUCGGACCCAAGAAGGAUCACAUCUACUUGCACUUGGAUCACUUGCCUGCUGAUCUUUUGGCCGAACGUCUUCCUGGAAUUUCAGAGACGGCUGCCAUUUUUGCCGGUGUCGAUGUCACAAAGGAACCCAUUCCAGUAUUGCCAACUGUUCAUUACAACAUGGGAGGUGUUCCAACCAACCAUUAUGGACAAGUCCUCAACACAACUGUUGACCCAAAAACUGGUGAACACAUCAAGGACGAAGUCGUUCCUGGCUUGUAUGCCGCUGGUGAAGUCGCAUCGGCUUCGGUCCAUGGGGCCAAUCGUCUAGGCGCCAACUCGUUGCUGGACAUUGUCGUCUUUGGAAGAGCCUGUGCUCUCAAGAUUGCCGAAGAUCAUACUCCAGGAGAAGCCAUUGCUCCCAUGCCAGAAGAUGAAGGUAUGGAAUCCUUGAGUGAUUUGGAUGCUCUCAGAUAUUCUUCUGGCAGCACAUCUACUGCAGAAAUUCGUAGUGAAAUGCAAGUGGCCAUGCAAGAACAUGCGGCUGUCUACCGUGAAGACGAAACCUUGAAGACAGGAAAGGUUUUGAUCGAUUCCAUUGUUGACAAGUUCAAUUCCGAUGUGAAAGUCGCAGAUCAAUCCAUGGUCUGGAAUACUGAUUUGGUCGAGACUUUGGAACUCAAGAACUUGUUGGCUUGUGCUUCCACCACCAUCACUGGUGCGGAAAACCGCAAGGAAUCCCGAGGUGCUCAUGCUCGUGAAGAUUGCCCCGAUCGCGACGAUGAAAAUUGGAUGAAGCACACGUUGGCAUACUUUGAUGGAAAGCGCACCACUUUGAAUUAUCGACCAAUUCAUUACUACACUCUGGAUGAAGAUGAGUGCAAGACCGUUCCACCAAUGGCUCGUGUGUACUAA